CUCAUGACUGAUAACAAAAAACUUUCUGAAAAAUAACGUGAUUAGCUACUCUUGCUAGCAGAUAGUAUAGGCAAUGGAUUCAGUUGUGAGAGGAAAUUUCAAUUGUCAGCUACCCCAGCAAGAUACAAAUCUUGUCAGAAUAUUUCUGAGCUCUACAUUUGGUGAUUUCAUUGAGGAACGCAACCGAUUGGCUCGGGAAACAUUUCCUUGCCUGCAGAAGUACUGCCAGAGCCUGGGUCUGGAGUUUCAGGUAGUGGACAUGAGGUGGGGGGUGAGGGAUGAAAACAUCUCCUACCAUCAGACCAGUGACGUUUGUAUCCAGGAGAUACAUAACUGCCAAAGACUCUCCAUUGGUCCAUCCUUUGUGGCCCUGAUUGGAGAUCGAUACGGGUAUCGUCCAUUCCCAGCAAAAAUUCUACGCAAAGAGUUUGAGCUUUUUGUGAAACUGGGCUCGUCUGAAGACAUUGAUACGACUAUCCUGUCAAAGUGGUACAAGGCCGACACAAACAGCCUUAACAAAUCAUACCAGCUUCUUCCGAUUACCUUUCAUUAUCCCAACUACUCGUGUGAAGACAAGCUUUUAAUGGCUUCUGACAGAGACCGCUGGUGGAAGACAUUUCUUGAGCUCCAGAAAACAUUUUGGGCUCUCGUAAAAGCCGCUGUUGCUCAGGGUCAAAUGACUGCAGAGAGGGCCCACAUUUACUUGCAGUCAGUUACAGAGGAUGAAAUAAAUCAUGGAAUCUUUAGAGCUGCUUCUCCUAAUGCCAGCUGCCUGUGUUACACGAGAACAUUAUCCAACUUGGAAACAAAAUUGACAGAUCACCUUGCCAACAAAUACAUUGACAUCUCUCCGAACACUGCUACUCCUUGUAUUGAUGGCGAAGCUCAGCGGCUACUACACGACUUCAAGUUCCGUAAACUGCCAGCCACUCUUGGAUCUGAUAACAUGCAUUCGUACACUGUCCCUUGGAUGCCUGGAGGCAUUAAUGAAGAUGUCAACGAGCACAAAAACUAUGUAGAUGAACUCUGCGAUCAGAUGCUACAAGAUAUCAAAUCUCUCAUUGAUAAAGGACUUGUAGCAAGAGGAGAGUUGAAAAAAUCGGCUCUGUACACUGAAGUUCUACACCAUGCUACUCUAUGCCUUACCAAAGCCAAAUCGUAUUGUGACAGGGGAGAUGAUGUAAUUCAGAAAAUCAGACACUUUGCUACCAGUACCAACAGUAAACCACUUAUCGUGUACGGAAGAUCAGGAUCUGGGAAAACAUCCGUCAUUGCAAAGGUUGUGCAUAGUUUGCGAUUAUGGACGAAUGGAACUGGUUUUGUGGUCAUGCGAUUUCUCGGCACCUCUCCACACAGCUCAACUAUACGAGAGGUUUUGAUUAGCAUUUGCGAGCAGAUUUGUGCUUUAUACAGCAUAACUCCUCCAUUGUUUCAAAAAAUGGACGCUAUGGGUGUAACUCUGUACUUUCGAGACAAACUGAUGAAUACACUAGAAACUGUUGCACCUAAAACACUCUAUCUUGUAAUCGAUUCUGUUGAUCAGCUCUCUGCUAGUGAUGGUGCUCACUCUAUGAAGUGGCUUCCUUUAGCCACACCACCGAAUGUUAAAAUCAUAGUCUCUAUGCUCAGUGAAGGUUACAACUGCCUUGAAAAUGUGCAAUCCAUGCUACCAUUCUCCCCAACUAACUACAUUGAGGUUGGUCCGAUGACUAUUGAAGCUGGCCUGCAUAUUAUGAGCAAAUGGCUCUCUGAUGUUGGAAGAACAAUCACCCAAGAACAGACAUUUCUCAUAUCCACCGCUUUUCUCAACUGUCCACAACCACUAUUUCUUAAAUUACUGUUUGGUCGAGCACGUACAUGGAAGUCCUACACAGACAUAACGUCUAUCAAAUCGUUUCCGAAAUCAACUCACGAAGCUCUCGACGAUUGUUAUGAACAUCUUGAAGAAUAUUUUGGCAAAGUGCUGGUUGAGAAAGCUUUAGGUUACUUGACAGCAUCAAGAGAAGGCAUUACAGAGUCUGAGCUUGAGCAUGUCCUAUCUCUGGAUAACGAAGUGUUAAACGAUGUGUAUCAGUAUUGGGACCCGCCCACAAAAGGAGUAGUUCGAAUUCCAUCACUGCUGUGGAAGAGAAUACAUCACUUCAUUUCGGACUACAUUGUGGAACAGUUAUCUGGAGGUGCAACAGUUAUGGUUUGGUAUCAUCGGCAGUUUAUUGAGAGUGCAAUGGCUCGAUACGUGAAUGAGAAAACGAACGUUUCUCUACACUGCACACUAACAGAAUUGUUUGAUGGCUCCUUCGCUAAAAGCAGCCGGAGUGUCAGGCUAACUCAUCGAGACCUUGAGUUGGUCGAUGCUGACAGACAAGUACCAUUGCAACCACUAGCCUUUCCAGGAGGUGCUUACAAUUUCAGAAAACUGAAUGAGUUGCCUUAUCACCUUCUUCACUCGAAACAGCUCAACAAGCUCAAAGCCACUGUUCUGUGUAAUUUUGAAUGGAUGCACACACAGCUCAAAGCUUCCGGUUACACAAAGCUCAUGCGUGACUACAUUGCAACACAGCAAGUGCACAAACACGAGCAAGAUGUAUUGACUGUUGGUGAGACUCUCUCACUGUCCCACAGUUCCCUGCAAAUUAACCCUGACAUGCUCGCUGGCCAAUUGUUAGGUCGAAUGCUGAGAAUUUCAUCCACAUCACCCACUCUAGGCAUAUUAAUAGACAAUGCCAAACGUUGGAUCAGCAAGUAUGAAAAAUGUAUUUUCGAGCCUCUCAACAACUGCUUAAUUAGCCCUGGAGGCGAACUCAAAGCUACCAUUUCUAGCCACCCUCAGGUUGUUUUGGGAAUCAAAAAAUCACUUUUUUCUCCCAUUGUUGUGUCUCAUUCCAAAACAGAGGACGGAAGCAUUUUACAAGUAUGGAGUAUUGAAUCCCUCGAAUGUAUUGAGAACAUUUGUACAUUAAGAAUGCCUGGUAAAGAAAUGCCUACGGGAAGCAACUUUGUAAUUGCUGGUGACUUUGUAGCAGCAAUCAGUACGAACUCAUACACACUUUGGAAUAUGAAUACAGGAGUUAUGCGGGAUCAUUUUGAAACAGAAUCCGAUGGAAAAUUGACCUCUGUUGUUGCAACUCAAGAUGGACAGCAAAUACUUAUUGGAACCUCUAAUGGGCAUGCUAUCUUUAAAACAACAUCAAUACCGACAAGUGGCACUACUAUCAAAGCAGAAGACUCGAUACUUUCAAUGGACUUGACACCAGAUGAUCGUACUACGGUUACACUGCUGGCAAAUAAUAAGUUUGCUUUGAUUGACAUCAACUCUAGGCAGAUUGUUAAAGUGUUAAACGUUGAUAGUGACUUUCACUCAUCAUCAAGCACAGUCAAACACAUAGCCAAAAGCAGAGCCGGCAGUUUUUUUUUUAUAAUUGGUGCAGAAAGUGGCUCAGUUUUUUUUGUGGAUCUGAAAACUUUCAACUCUGUUAAAAUCGCUGCACAUGGCAAAGCUGUAAAAUGUGUCACACACGUGUCCGAGUUGAAUGUAGUCAUCACUGGAUCACUUGAUAGCCUUUUAAACGUAUGGGAUCUUAGUUCUUUUACUCUGUUGAGAGUCCUGAAAGGGCAUGUAGAUGGCAUUUGGUGUGUAGAUUCAUUACCUAGCAUGUCCCUUGUCGUGUCCGGCUCGAAAGACGACUAUUUAAAGGUUUGGGACGUUGAAAGUGGGAAGUGUCUUCACACACUAGAAGGUCAUUCCUCCUGGAUCUCAUCAGUGUGUGCCGUAUCUUCAGAUGUCAUUGCUUCUGGCUCAAAUGACAAAAACCUCAAGAUUUGGAAGCUGGGAUCGGGUUCAAGCACAUUUGAUUCAUCCACUCGGCAUCUUGCUCAGCCAGAGUGUGUUGGACUGAAUGGCCUGAAAAUAGCUGCAUCUGGUGGACCUGAUGCACUGAAGCUCUGGGAUCCACAGAACGGCGAAUGCUGUAUGUCAAUAGAAUCCCCAACCUCAUGUCUACUCUUCACUAACGAUGGUGCUUUGCUAGUAUCAGGUUCUAAGAAAGGAGAGAUUGAAGUCCGUGAUUGCAGUUCCAAUUUUUCAUUGCUGCAUUCAGCUCAUAAGCACACAGACAAAGUGACCAAAAUACUGGAACUAUCAAACAAUCGACUAAUUUCAGCUUCACUCGAUUCAUCAUUCAUAGUAUGGACGAAAAAACUUCAAAGUGAAACUGUUCUUCAGGGUCAUUCUAGUGGUGUGACCUGCAUUGCUAUUGCAAAUUUUCAAAGCAUUCUUGCCAGCGGUUCUUCUGACUGCUUUAUUUGCUUGUGGGAUUCUCAAAAACUUGAACUUGUGUGCACUCUAAAAGGCCAUUCAAAAACUGUAAACUGUAUUGUGUUCAAUCACAAUGAUACGAAAAUUGUUACCGGAAGUGACGACCGAACAGCUCGAGUUUGGAAUAUCUCUGAUUUUACUUGCACCAGUAGUAUUAAUUUUUCAGACAGUAUUAAAACUAUUGCUUUCAUAAGUGAAGACAUUUUCCUAGCUGGAGUUCAUUGCAGUCGGAAACAGUUGAAAUCUUGGAGCGCUAAUACUGGAGGAUUUGUGUGUGAAUUUAAUGGUCACACGCAUGCUGUAAUGUGUAUGUUGAUCAUAGAUUCUGAUCAUGUAGUGACCGGAUCUCGAGAUGGAACUAUCAAGCUGUGGUGUUCUGAUAACGGCUCGUUACUAGCCAGCUAUGAUCUUCAAUCUCAAGUGAAGCAUAUUGCUGUUGUCAAGUCAACUACUAAGCAUUUCAUUCUAGCUGCUACCACAAAGACUGGCCCAAUAGCAUUCUUAAAACUGAUGUGUAUUUUCUAAGCUUGUUAUAAUUAUUAAAAAGUUAUUAAAUUUUGUAUCCACAAUGUUUUUCUGCCUAAUUCAUGGGACACAAGCGCAAAUAUAUAUAAUUAAUUUAUAUAGA